AUGGCCGCCCCCAAGCGGUUUCCGACGCUCGUUCAGCUGGAGCAGCGAGAAGGGACGCUCUUCGAGGUGCUCGGUAACCUCACCAAGCGGCCCUACUGGUUUCACUCCGAGUACCUGAAGAGUCCGAGGGCGAUUCACCUGGAGGCCUGGCUGGUGGAAGCAAUCUUCGGCCUGGGCGGAGAGCACAUCCCGCAUGUCGAGUGUGUGUCGCAGACCCUGCUUCACGUUAAUCAGUGGGACCCGGACGGCGAGGCUGAGAUCUUGAUAUUUGGCCGGCCUUAUUACCAGAAGGAUGUAUCCACGAUGAUCAUGAACUUGGCUGACUAUCACCGCCAACUCCGGGCGCAAAGUACGGGGCCGGGAACAAUGAAAGGUACCCUAGCCCGGGAGGCCGGGACCCAGCGGUCCCCCUGCGCGGUCCGGCAGGCGGCCACCCAGCGGUCCCCCUGCGCGGUCCGGCAGGCGGCCACCCAGCGGUCCCCCUGCGCGGUCCGGCAGGCGGCCACCCAGCGGUCCCCCUGCGCGGUCCGGCAGGCGGCCACCCAGCGGUCCCCCGGCGCUGCCCGGGAGGCGGCCACCCAGCGGUCCCCCGGCGCAGCCCGGGAGGCGGCCACCCAGCGGUCCCCCGGCGCAGCCCGGGAGGCGGCCACCCAGCGGUCCCCCGGCGCUGCCCGGGAGGCGGCCACCCAGCGGUCCCCCGGCGCUGCCCGGGAGGCGGCCACCCAGCGGUCCCCCGGCGCAGCCCGGGAGGCGGCCACCCAGCGGUCCCCCGGCGCAGCCCGGGAGGCGGCGACCCAGCGGUCCCCCGGCGCAGCCCGGGAGGCGGCCACCCAGCGGUCCCCCGGCGCAGCCCGGGAGGCGGCGACCCAGCGGUCCCCCGGCGCAGCCCGGGAGGCGGCCACCCAGCGGUCCCCCGGCGCAGCCCGGGAGGCGGCCACCCAGAGCUUUCCCGAAGCUAUCCAGGGUCCGGUUACCAGGUUCUGA